AUGGAAGCCCAUCUCUACCUUUAUGAAUUGAUUCUUUCUGCUACUAAGCCCAGGGCUCUCAAGGAACACAUGGCAGAGAAAAUCCUCUCUGUGGAUGAAAUUGCUGAACACAUUCCUGCCUCCACAAAAAAUAAGGUUCCACAGAAGGAGUACUUGUUUAGGAUUUUGAGAUUGCUGGCUUCUUGUGGGAUCUUCACUGAAGACGUGCAUGACCCAACCAGUCUAUGGCAUAAGCCCCUGGAUGUGAGUUCAAAUGCUGAAGCCACCGAGCUUUUUAACCAGGCCAUGGCCUACCAUACAAAAGAUGUCAUGGCUUUUGUGGUAACGAUGUAUGAUGGGUUCAAAAGUGUUAAGAGUGUGGUGGAUGUAGGUGGAGUGGGCUUGCAUUGUUUGCUAUACUUGGGCAUUAACUUUUAUUUGCCCCAUGUCAUUGCAACUGCACCUGCCAUACCUGAUGAGAGACCUCAUCUCAGUUUUCAAGGCAGGAAAAAGUUAUCAGUUUUGUUUUAA